AUGCCUGAAUGUUUUACCAGACUAUAUCCAACGACUAGAGUAAUCAUAGACUGUACUGAGAUUUUUGUUCAGACCCCUAGUUCAUUACUUCUGCAAUCUCAGUUAUAUUCUUCCUAUAAGAGCAAUACCACCCUGAAAGGUUUGGUUGGGAUAACUCCUUAUGGGGCAGUUUCCUUUGUUUCUGGGUUAUAUACUGUAGCAAUAUCUGAUAAGGAAAUCACUAGGUGUUGUGGUAUUUUGGAUUUGCUAGAAAUGGGAGAUUCAGUUAUGGCAGACAAAGGUUUUGAUGUAGAGGACCUUUUAUUUGAAAAGGGAGUAGAGCUCAAUAUUCCUCCUUUCUUAGAGAGUCAAGCUCAGUUUUCAACAAAGGAGGUACAAAAAACCAAAGCAAUAGCUAGUGUUCGAAUUCAUGUUGAAAGRGCCAUCAGGAGAAUAAAGGAAUAUCAUUUUUUUGAUUCUGAUGUUCCACUUAAUGCAUUAGGAUCAAUCAACCAACUGUACACAGUGGCAUGUCUUCUAACAAAUUUCCAAGGCCCCUUAAUAGCUAAUGGCAAUAAUGGGAAUCAACAGUAA